CCGUCACCCUCACUCAAUUAAAGCACGCGCAGCUUAGAUUAUUGGCAAUGCCGACCAAGCUACCUGCGAUCCAAUCUAACUGAGCUCAAUAGACAUCAAACAACGGGAUUCAAACUCACUGCUAGAUCAGCUCCUCAUCCAAUGGCCAGCACGCUCAACCCACCGCAUCAGCAACUAGCCCGCCAACACCCCAGAUACAAACACGCACGCAACCUCACCGCCAUUCCGGUGCCACCUCAAGCCUCACCGCGCUCCCCUCCAUCGUCGCACGCAAUCUCCACCCCUAGAAGUAAGCUGAGGGCCUUCACAAGCAUGGCGAACCCACCACCCGAGAAAACUCAUGCCCGCCGCAACGGGAAGGAAGUCGCAGCCCCGGCUCGGGUUGGGUUGCUCGCGGUUCCACAGCCAGGUUCGGAGAAUAUCCGCAUCGACGGGUCGCGCGCGCGUCACCUGUGUUGCGCGGAGGGUAUCAAGCGACGACGGGCGCGGCGGGGCGUGCGACGCUGGCAGCGGCAUGGUGUGCAGCAUGGCUGGCGGUUGUGGAAGCGAGGGCAGCAGGGCCGUCUACGUAUGUGUGUUGCGGCAAGGCGCGCUCGGGUGUUUCGGCGCGCACGAACGUGCGGUCUGUGUGGGAUGCGAGGCGUGGGGCUGUGCUUGUGCGAGGGGACGGCGCUGGCGAGUGGUGUCGUUUCGGCGGGCACGGCAGGAGGCGCGACGGCCUGCCGAGAGUGCCGAGCGGUGCGGGCAUCACGGGUGAGGUUUCAGACUGGCUGGCAAACGGUGCCGUUUGGCGGGCUGGACUGGCUUGCCUUGCAGACGCAAGCCGUGCGUGCGCGCUGGCACUGGGCUGAGAUGGCUUGGUAUGGGCAGUUCUGCAUGGGAGUGAACUUCAUGUAUAUGAGGUGGUAUGCAGUCCAUGAGAGAUUUGCUACGCACAGCGCCGACUGUGGUUUAAGGGAGAGUACUCCACAGGUCUCAACGUGGUCGAUAUGAAGAAUGCUGAUGCGCUGGGCGUGCAUCCCCUCGAACAUUUGGGCCAGUGUCCUCGCAUCUUCCUUAUUAAAGCGGAUAGACGGUAAAACAAGCGGCGUACGAUAACUCGAGCAAGCUGCCGAGGGAGGAAAACCAGCGGAAAUGAUCAGUUGGUUGUGAUGUGCGCAUACCUGGUG